CGCUUCAUUGCAGAGGAAUCACACGUGCUAAGACAGACGGUAGUUUUGAACUAGAAAUAGGAGUUUAGCUGUGAAACAGGUAUCAAGAUACGGCGACAUGCGACCCGUCCUGCUUCAUCUGAUAUUUUGCUUGACUAUCUUAAAGCCCAUUGGUGGAUCACGGCUGGGAAGACUUGAAGAUGAUGUUAAAAUUCUUAAAAGCUACAUUUACAGGGAGUUAUCAUCUAUUCGUGAUGAGGUCAAAGAAAUCUCCAACAGAGUCGACAUUUUAGAAAACAUCACGGUUACGCACGACCCGGGAAGUCCUAAUCAAGACAUGGACAUUACUUCUUACAACCUUGCUGAUAAAACUGGCGAAAGUGAAAAGCAACUCCUACGUGCUGGGAACAACAUCGGAAGUCAAGCUGUAAAAGCAGAGGUUCAAAAUAUCCGUAAGGCUUAUUCGAACGACAAACAGAACUUACAUAAACUGAAGAACGAUGUUGAAGGCCAACUUAAAGAGCUAGAACAAAAGAUAACUAGCCAUAUGCAUAACCUGACCUUAGAGGUACAACACAAUAUUGAGUACAUUCAUAAAAAUAUAUCGCUGGCAAACUGCAAUUUGUCUGAGUUCAUCAAUGGGUCUACUACAAACGUCAGUACUUUUUCACAAAACAUCAAAAUGGAAAUAAAUGAGCUUUUUGCUAACACCAGUCAACAGCUUUUUUUACAAUUGAAUCUAACUGAGGCGAAAAUAAAACUAAAUAUAUCCUCCACAUAUAGUCAGAAUGAGGAUCAACUUGAUAGUUUCCUGGCACUUGCUGAACGCAAUGUUAAUGAAAUGAUGCUUAAAGCAGACACUAUUAUCAAUUUAAUCCGUUCUAACUUUUCGAAAAUACCGAUUCAAAUCACUGAUUUAUCUAUGGAACUUCAAUCAAUUAAAAAUGAAAUGAAAGGUGUAGAGGAAAGGCUGGGAAAUGAAUUUGAGUCAUCAUCAAGCGUUUUAGAGAAAGAAAUUGUUUUACUAAGAACAUGUAUAAAUACCAAGGGCAUUAUACAAAAUGGUUUCUAUUACCCGUGCGAAAAAGACAUCCGUUUGGCCAACGCGUCUCCGUACCGCUCGACCGGAGUCCAGGGGCGACUAGAGGUCCGUCAUGAUAAUGAGUGGGGCACAGCAUGUGAUGACAGCUAUGAGAAACAGCCGGAUGUAGGCACACAUUACGUAACAGACAACGUAAACGUCGUGUGCAGGACGUUCGGGUUCCGCGAAUGUAUCUAUGUGGACAAGGCGGGUCUGGGUCAGGGCAGUGGGAACAUUUGGAUGGACAAUAUGAGAUGUCGAGGAGGAGAAAGUAGCUUUAUAAAAUGUCCUUUCAAUGGAUGGGGAGUACAUAACUGUGGUCAUCACGAAGACGUCGGGUUCCGUAUGUGGAAUUAAAUAAUGAAUAUUAUAUUAAGAUCAAAGUGAUCACGUUUAGUGUUUCAUAUUUAUUUUUAAAACAGUGUUGAAUGCGCUUGUAUUUAGGGACAAUAGGUUAUGAAUCACUGGUGUUUAUUGUUUGGUUUUGGUUAUGACUUUUUUAAUUUUGCAAUAAAUUUGCAUUCAGA